GGAGAGGAAAUUAGGCUCCGGGAGAACUAAUCCCGCUUCCUGCAGCCAGCGGUCCUUCAUUCGUUCUCCGUGGGACGUAGUGUUCGUGCUUGUUCGGGAACUGUUCUUCCGGUUUUAAGGAAACAGAGAUGGCCCUGAGCAGGAGAUUCUAGUUGAGGAAACAGUCUCUUUGUUUUGAUGCCAUCCCGUAACAAUGUAACUACUGGGAUUCCCAGUAGUAAAGUGAAGUACUCCAAGCUCUCUAGCACAGAUGAUGGCUACAUUGAUCUUCAGUUUAAGAAGAGCCCUCCCAAAAUCCCUUACAAGGCAACAGCACUUGCUAUAGUGCUAUUUAUGAUUGGCACCUUUCUUAUUGUCAUAGGUGCUCUGCUGUUAGCUGGAUAUAUCAGCAAAGGGGGAGCAGACCGAGCCAUUCCUGUCUUGAUAAUUGGGAUUCUAGUAUUCCUCCCAGGAUUCUACCACUUGCGCAUUGCCUACUACGCUUCCAAAGGCUACAGGGGCUACUCUUACGAUGACAUUCGGGAUUUUGAUGACUAGAGUCUACUUUGUUGCAGAAGAAAACAGUAGCUGUUGGGAAUAAGCUUAGCACUGAAAAGCUGAACCCAUGGAAAUUUAAAUACCAUGGGUUAAAGAAUUCUCUAGUCCUACAGUUUAUUUUAGCAAGGUCAUUGCUAGGCUCUCUAGGAUCAUCCCAAAGAUGUUAACUGAGCUUGCAAUUAGAGAAAUAUGACAUCUUUUUCUUUACCUCCUGUUCUGAGCUAAGGUUUUUGAAGAGGCAGUUUUUCCACACAUACACACACACCCAUACCCACAAGUUCGAAGCAGUUGU